AUGUCCCAACCCACAUCUCGGCCCACACAGCUAAACCCGCAGUUCUGCUUCAACACACGGGUCCUGCGUGACUUCCUGCGCCUCUCACGCGCCAGUAUCGACGACAGCAUUUCGACGAACCUGAACGCCUUACUGACGCCGGCAUCGACGUCCCCCUUCAACCCUUCAUCCACGUCGAUCCGCAACCCGACCCUACCCUCGUCGCUUCUGACCAGGCAACCCAUCCCACAUCAGACGACUCGAGCAUUUCUCGAAUCCGUCCUCUUCCCGUCGUGGAGCUCACGGUCUGAAGUUAUUUCGUACUGCACUUCUGUCGCGACAUCACCGGAUCCGGACGACCCGGACGUGAUUGAGCGGGAAGCCAUGAACAGGAAAGAUGCGGACAGGAUCAUCGAUGAACGGUUGGAUCCGUAUUCGGCGCGUUUCUUCCCAAAAGAACCCAGGACACAACAGCUCGCGGCGCUGCUGAGAAAUGAGAAUGCCGUUGAAUCUAUCGUGAGGAACAGGACGUGGGGUGUCGUGGCGGAGCGAUGUCAAGAUGUCGAGCCUACGUGGGAACAAGCAUUCGACAAAUGGCGGGAGAGUAGGAAAUAA